UUAACGAAGACAGAGGUUUCUGGUUAUGCCAACACCAAUCUAACUUCUGCUAUGCUAGCCGACUUUAUCGAGCGCUAACGCUUUAGCAUUUAAGCUAGCGGACUUUAUCGAGCGCUAACGCGUUAGCAUUUAAGCUAGCGGACUUUAUCGAGCGCUAACGCGUCAGCAUUUAAGCUAGCGGACUUUAUCGGUAACACGCUAGCAUUUAAGCUAGCAGACUUCAUCGUCCAAAACUUUCUCCAGAGUUUACACACAACAAACGGAUGGAUUAUUUAGCGGCCGAAAGAGAGUGACAGGACAAGUGAAUAACUGGAGACCUUGAGGCAAACAGACAACAUGACGCUGCGAUGAAAAGAAAGCACCUCGAACCUCUUACUAACCUCAUAUCUUCUUAUGGGAUCUUUCGGCCGCUGUCCAGAAGUUCUCCCAGUCCUUGCAGGAAUUCCAGUUUGAGUGCAUAGGCGAUGCGGAGACGGAUGACGAGGUGAACAUUGCGCAGUCAUUCAAAGAGUUCUCCCAGCUGCUGAGCACCAUGGAAGAAGAAAGAAGACGCCUGAUUCAGAAUGCAGAUGAUGUUUUGAUUACACCCCUGGAAAAGUUCCGGAAGGAACAGAUUGGCGCAGCAAAGGAAGGGAAGAAGAAAUUCGAUAAGGAAACGGAGAAGUACUACUCCACACUGGAGAGACACCUCAGCUUGUCAUCCAAAAAGAAGGAGGCGUAUCUGCAGGAGGCUGACACGCAGAUUGAUAAGGAGAGGCAACUCUUUUACGACGCGUCCCUCGAGUAUGUUUUCAAAAUACAAGAAGUGCAGGAAAAGAAGAAGUUUGAGUUUGUCGAGCCGCUCGUCGCCUUUCUUCAGGGUCUGUUUACAUUCUACCAUGAAGGAUAUGAGCUGGCUCACGAAUUCGAGCCGUACAAACAGCAGCUUCAGUUCAACCUACAGAACACUCGGAACAACUUUGUGAGCACCAAGCAGGAAGUGGAGAAGUUGAUGGAGAGGAUAAGGUCUGCUGAUCAGGACUAUAAACCCCCAGGCCAGUGGACGAUGGAGGGCUUCCUGUACGUCCAAGAGAAACGUCCUCUGGGCUGCACGUGGAUACGUCACUACUGCACGUACGAGAAAAGCAGCAAGACCUUCACCAUGAGCAACACGGAACACAAGUCGGCUGGCAAACAGAACGGUCUCGUCCUCAGCCAGCCCGAGGUGUUUAAACUCAAGUCCUGCAUUCGGAGGAAAACGGAUUCCAUCGACAAGCGUUUCUGCUUUGACAUUGAAGUCGUGGAGAGAAAUGACAUCUGUCGUGGAACUCUUUUCAGACCACUCCGAUUUUUCUGUAAAGUCCGGCAUGGCGUUAUGACGUUGCAGGCGCUGUCAGAGCCUAACAGGAGACUGUGGCUGGAGGCCAUGGACGGCAAGGAGCCGAUUUACAACCUACCAGCCAUAUUAAGCAAAAGGGAAGAGACGUUCCUUAAUGAGGCGGGAUUCAACUUUGUGAGGCGCUGCAUUGACCUGGUGGAAACGAGAAGUAUAAAUACGAUGGGAUUGUACAGGAUUGGAGGAGUCAACUCCAAAGUACAGAGGCUGAUGACCACAGUCUUCUCAUCCAAGGCACCUGUGGACAUGGACCUGGAUCCAGAGACGUGGGACAACAAAACCAUCACCAGUGGUCUGAAGAAUUACUUCAGGUGCCUCUCUGAGCCUCUAAUGACCUUUCGGCUCCACAAAGAGUUUAUCAUGGCUGCCAAGUCGGAUGACCAAAACUACAGGGUGUGUGCCGUCCACACUCUGGUUCAUAAGCUGCCUGAGAGGAACAAGGAAAUGCUGGAGCAGCUAAUAAAACACCUUGUCACGGUCUCCACACAAAACCAGCACAAUCUGAUGACGGUGUCCAACCUGGGUGUCAUCUUUGGACCCACUUUGAUGCGAUCACAAGAGGAGACUGUGGCCGCGAUGAUGAACAUCAAGUUCCAGAACAUUGUGGUGGAGAUACUCAUUGAAAACUUUAAUAAGAUCUUCCGCCAGCCUCCGGAUCCGAAUGUGCCCCUCCCCCAACCGCAGAGCCGACCUGGCUCGCGCAGGAGCAGGGCCAUCUGUCUGUCCGCGGGGCCCAGGAAGCCCCGCAGCCUUUACACUCCAACGCUGUGUUUGGCAGAUGCAGAAAGUCCCUGCAUAGGCGACACCGUCAGCAGCAGUGCGAGCAGCACCCCCAUGGGCAGCAUGGAGUCUCUGUCCUCCCACUCCUCUGAACAAAAUAGCUCCUCCAAAACAGCGUCAUCCGCUCAGGCCAAGGAGAAGUCGCUCCUGGACCUGCGUCGAUCGCCGUCAAAGCUCUCCAAUGGCCCCAGGACCACAGUGUGCCUCAGCAGCCCGGAGUCCAGCUCCAGGGAGGAUGCGGGUCGCACAGACGGAGAGUCGGAGGAUGCGCUUAGCCUUUCCUCCGUCAGCACUGCACCCAGGCUGUCGCCUGCGCCCAAGAAAGCCCCACACUUCCGUCCUGACCUCAGGCCAGUUCAGCUGAACCGUUCAGCAGCUCCCUCUCUGAAAUCACUGCUGAAUUCUGAAGUGGAAAGGAGUUAUUGCCUGUUACGUCUCCCUCCAGGCCACCGGAGCUGCUCUGGAUCUGUCCAAAGUCUGUCAUCGAUGGAGGCCAAAGAGAGCUCGAAGCCCGCCGAGCACCCGGACCUGCCGCCCAAACAAGUGAUCCGCCGCAAGCUGGACACCUCGGCUACCAAUGGCUACCAAAGACCGGGCUCAGUGGUUGCAGCCAGAGCACAGCUGUUUGAAAACACUACACAGUCCAAUCCCGUUGGAAGAGACGCCAAGGCGAUGUAUUCCUGUGAGGCAGAACACAGCCACGAGCUCAGCUUCCCACAGGGGGCGCACUUCACAAAUGUCUACCCUUCUAUUGAACCAGGCUGGCUCCAAGCAACAUACGACGGGAGAACCGGUUUAAUCCCGGAGAAUUAUGUUGUCUUCCUCUAACAGGUGGUAAACAUCGCAUCUUUUUCAUGGUAUCCAUGGAAAAAAAAAAAAAAAAAAAAAACAGUUCAGAUGCGAUUGGUUUGUUUGUACCGUUGUAACCAACAUGUAGGUAUUCUUCGCAGAUAACACAGGGCAAUCGCCUGCUUUCAUGGGUUUAAUGUGUUUGAAUUAUCGACUGCACUGAUGUAUUUAGUUUCAUUUUCCUACAGAAUCACAACCAAAAAAAACAACCACAUGCAAUUUCCACAGGUUUUAUUCCAGUCCAAAAAACAUUCCAUUUUAAAUUCCAAACAUAUCAAAGGAACACUUUUUUUUCCCAUCAAGCUGCAGUUUCAUGAACAUUUGAAUUAACUGUAAUGGAACAAACUGUGAUUUUUUUAUUAAAAGAAAGGAUACGAAUCUAAAUCUAUGAGAGACAGAGAAAAAAAGCGUGUGUGGUAAUGCACCUUAACUUUCAUACUCAUGUGACAGCUGUGUCGCCUACAAAUAAGGCUCCCCACACAACUGAGUACAAAUGACGUUAUUUCAUAUUGUCCGUGGCGACAUUUAUUUAUUGUAGACACAGUUUGUAAACUGUGGUCACGUUCGGGCUAAGGAUAAGACAACAGAUGAUUUUAUUGUAAAAAAGAAUCACCAAUAUUACACGAGUGGCAUGAAAUGAGUGCUUAUGUUUUAUUUUGAAGGGUCAUCCCAGGACCUCAGGAUUUAUGACUUAUGAUUUAUUACUGUUGGAAGUCUGAAAAAUACGUAUAUCUUUGUUCUACCAACAUUUAGGUAAAGCUAUUUCGGAGCCAGUUUAAAAGCAGUUAAUUAGACCACCUGUCAAAAAAACAUUAUUGUUAUUUAUUUGGCAAAUAACAAACUGAAUAUUUGAGCCGGCUCAACUGGGUUUCUCUGAAAAAUUAAUUGAGCAUAACAUUCAAAAAACUAUGAAAACAACAUGUUCUGUUCAGGAAUACAACCAUCUUAAUAAAGUGCUUUACUAUUUUUUCUAUUUGAUACAAUAUUGGAUACAAUAUUAUUAUAUCGUGGCAUUAAAAAUAUCAUUUUGGUUAUAGAGCUUCUACAUACUGGUGUAUUAACCAUUACACAAACAUUAAAAAAAAAAAAAAAGAUGUGGCUUUGGAUGGAUUUAAUACAUUUGUUAAGCACUGUAGAUUUUUGAAUAAUCGUGAUAUGAGAUUUUCAUGCUGUCCCAUGUCUACUUCAGGUACAAAAAGCACCUGAUUAAGCCAAAUAUUUCUGUAUUUUCUGUGGUCGUCUGCUGCCACAAAAUGAUAGGUUCCAUAUGAAAUGUAAUUGCCAUUUACAGUUCAGUUGUGUGGGAACGGUCAUUCUAGGGGGGGGAGACACAACUGUACGUGAUCGUCGUUCAACCACUGAACCUGCUCACUGCUGCAGUGCACUUUCUGGUUAAGCUACACGUGAACUGUCAAAACAAUGUUUCUGUGUAUUACGAUAAAUGAUCACGUCAGAUAUAUGCCAUAUGUUUUUUUUUUUUCUUUUUCUUUUUUACAAUAACGUCAUGAAUGUUCAUGAGGCGGAAGCUUUGCCUUCGAUGCGUUGUUGUGGUACUGUACUCGACUGGUACACUGGCGUACUAGCAAUGACAACUAAACACCGAUCAGAUUAUAGCAUAACGUCAAAGAUGCCACUUAAUGUCACGGUCAAAACACAUUCAAAGUCCGUCAAUGUCUAAAAGGUCAUAUUGUUUUGUUAAAAAGAAUCAUUUUAAAUGAUUCGUUUCUCAGUUACAGCAAAUUAAAAUGGGGAAAAAAAUGUAUUUGGAGUAGAAAUUUGAGUUUUUUUCCAAGAUCGUGAUGCUCUCUUCCAUUGACGUCAUCGGGAAUGUCAAGUGACAUUAGAGCUGUGACGCUGGAAAAACACUCCCUUACAGUCGGAAUGUAGAGGGGCAUGUCAAGGAAAUGACAUCAUAUCCUGAACGUGUAUCAUUUGGCAUGUCUUUCUUUUCUUUCUUUUUUUAAGCUAUUUUUUUUCCCUUGCAAUCGUCUACUGUGUCUCAACAGUGCAUACACGUGUCUAUAAAUGAUUUAGGGCUGCAACGAAUCCAUCAACCUGUCGAUAAUUUACUUUGAAUCUACCUGGAAAUAAUGAAAUGAUUCAGUGUUAAUCAUUUCUUUAUGUUAUGUGGAGCAAAGAAACCAGGACUCUAGUUUUAAUUAUUAAAAAAAAACUUAUCGUUGCAGCCCUAAAAUAAAUAGUGUGAUUUAUUAGACCUGAGGUUCCAUUCUUUUGUCACUGCUGGGAAGUUUAACUUGUGCUCGCUGCAAUGAGGGAUUUCAAUUGAAAUUUAAAUCAUGUAAAAAAAAAAAAACCUGUGGGAAUAGCUAUAUUAAUUUUAGGAGGGUGAAAAUUUCCUACUUUUAAAAUUCUCUUAUAAAUCUAGUAUUACUAAUAAAUAUGAUAUAAGUUCCUCACGUGAAAAUUAGUUUUAUUGCACAUAUUUUAUUUUAUUAACACAGGGAUAUUUUAAGUCCCAGUUGUACUUUGUUAGGCGGAGAAGCCAAUAAAUCUUCCAGCGAUUAACUUAAAUAAGAGUUGAUGUAAAGUUAAUUAAAAGAAGAGGUGAUGUGUUUGUACCUUGUUUUUUUUUUUUGUUUUUUUUACAGAUUUGUUCACAUUAAAUACAUUUUUUUUUCAUGAUUCCUCUGAACUAAUCUGAAUUAAAUCUGUCGUAUGCAUCUUAAACAAGUGUCAUGGUGUCUUGCAGCAGGUCGAGGCUCUUCGUCAGAAACUGGGCGCGUGCACUUCAUACGUGACUGAAAUACUCAAUAUUGACGUGUUUUGUUGUUGUUUAUUGUGACUAUCUUUUAGGCACUUUUUUUUUUUUCUUUUUUUUUGGUAGG